CUCAGUAACUGUUGUAUAACUUCUAAACACUUUAUCUCAUCUAAAGUAUAUCAGCUGAAGGCUGAACCUUUUGAUUCAACUGGUCUUCUUUGCUAGAAGUACUUUCUGUUCAUCUGGGCUUAAACAUUUCUGUUCCAGUUUCACUCUUUCAGACAACAAGCAUUCAGAGAGCAAAUAUCUUUAAGUAAAGUACAAGAUCUAAUAACAAUAUAUAAACCGAUACAUGUAAAAGUACUGUGUUCAAAUGAGAUGUAGAACAGUACAAAGUACCUUUUAAAUGUAGCAAAUCAGAGAGUUAAAAAAAAAUACCAUCCAUCCACCUUCAAACUGCUUAUUCUUCAUAGGGUCGAGAGACAGGGUACACCCUGGAUUGGUCACCAGCCAAUCCCAUUCAUAUCUACACCAUUUAACGCCCCCACAGACGCUCAAAGUAUGUGUCAUUUGGUCGGCCUUUUCCUCCUGAUUCAUCGACUUGGGCGUCCUGUUCUGUCGAAGGACGCAGUCCUGCAGGAGGACAUGUCUGAUUCAUCCUACAAGGCCCAGCAAAUCCCAUCAUGCAGUGCGGGCCGACGAGGAUUUCAUUCAUCCGGGUGGAGGCAGGUGAGCCGACAGCGAGGGGAGCGUCACAUCUUUGUUCAUAAAAACACUCAAGUCAUGUGAUGUCACUGAUGUUGUGUUUUAAAUACACAUAAGACGUGAGAACAAAGUGCUCUUAGUUACAACUCCUUUUGCAAAGGAUGGUCCAGUGGUUCCUUUGCUAAAGAAUUGAAUGGAUUCCAACAGCUCUUACUGUGACACCACUUCACUUCACUUCAUGUCACUCAGUUAAGAAACUCCCAAAGGAAAAACGACUCUUUAAAUCCAGCCUUGGAUUCCCUAAACAACACGGUUUUCGACACCUCAUGAAUCCCUCUAACAGUCUUUCUUUGACCCCGUGACGAUUUCCACUAAGGUCACGACAAAGUGGUUCGGUAUAAAGGUUGAGAGGUAAUAUUUUUGACACUUCGAAUCCAGCGUGAAAGGUCCUUUCUCCUUCACGCGAUGGCCCUUUGGUGGCGGUAAUGCGCCUACAAGAUGGUUUGCCAACCACCAAUAAACACUAGAAGAAGAAGAAGUGAUGGCGGUUCUACACGUCAUCAACACGCGACUCCUGUUUGUGGUCUAAGUUAAAUGGAGCCGCUUACUCGGAGAUCGUAUUUUUGAUUCAUCAGAUCCUCUUUUUACUUUCUUUACCUUUGAGUCAAAGCGGAGAGAAGCUGGACAUGUCCCGUCACCCAAAGAACAGAGGAGUCCCGGUGAGAUGGCUGGAUUACUCAGCAGUUGGAAAAAGACUGAAUGGGACCCGUUUCAUCGCCUUCAAAGUUCCUCUGAAGAAGUCUCUGAACCAACAGCUUGCGCCUGCGGAUGUGUUCGGCCCGUGGGAGCUGCUGGACGCUCUGAGGAGUGAAAACCAGGAGCUUGGUUUGAUCAUCGACCUGACGUUCACGACGCGCUACUACAGCCUGCAGGACGUCCCGGAGUCUUUGCUCAUCAUGAAGAUCUUAACUGCCGGUCACGAGGUUCCCAGCGACAAAACCAUCCUGAGCUUUAAACGAGCUGUAGGCGUGUUUCUACGAGACAACGCAGAUAACGACAUGCUGAUUGGAGUCCACUGUACUCACGGUCUGAACCGCACCGGCUACCUGAUCUGCAGGUACCUGAUAGAUGUUGAUGGGAUGGAUCCUAAAGAGGCAGUGGAGUUGUUCAACUCCUCUCGGGGACAUGCUGUGGAAAGACAGAACUAUCUGGACGAUCUGUUAAGUGGACCAAAGAGAAGCAAUGAGGGGAUGGAGGAGGCGGAGCAAGAGCCAAUGAGAGGUCUCGCUUCACAUCACCGCCGUUCCACCCCGCCCAUUAAAGACCACAGCAGACCUUUUCCUCCAAGAGGAGCAAGCCAGCGCUCACAGCAACACCAUCUAAACUUUGCCAGUCCACCUAUGCGAGCAUCUCCACCCUCUUAUCAAUGGAGGUCCCCUCAUACUGACCGUCAGUGGAGGAGUCCCCCUUGCUCAGAGGAGAGUAGGUCCGGGUAUGCUCAUCCAGAUCACAGGAGGGCAAGAUAUCGUCCUCCAGAGGACAGCAGGUCCAGAUAUGCUCCCCCAGGAGACAGCAGGUCCAGAUAUGCUCCUCCAGGAGACAGCAGUUCCAGAUAUGCUCCUCCAGGAGACAGCAGGUCCAGAUAUGCUCCUCCAGAGGACAGCAGGUCCAGAUAUGCUCCUCCAGAGGACAGCAGGUCCAGAUAUGCUCCUCCAGGAGACAGCAGGUCCAGAUAUGCUCCUCCAGGAGACAGCAGGUCCAGAUAUGCUCCUCCAGAGGACAGCAGGUCCAGAUAUGCUCCUCCAGAGGACAGCAGGUCCAGAUAUGCUCCUCCAGAGCACAGCAGGUCCGGAUAUGCUCCUCCAGGGGACAGACGAAUAGGUCCUCCUUCUCUCCCUCGUUAUUCAGCCUGCUGGACUAAUGAGUCUCUCGGUUGAGACUGAACACUCCACACAGACAGGAUGUCAUUCUUCAUGGUUCUGGUGAUGAAUUAAACUCGCAGGUCCAAAUGUCGGUCCAUAAACAAUAUACAGUCCUCAAGCGGACUUUGCUGUAGUGAGAGAUGAUGCAUCAAGAAGGGUUAGAGAGUGAAGAUAAACUUCAUCCUAAAAGAAGUGAAAUAUCAUGAAAAACACACUUUUUACAGCCUGCUUUUGUCCCUUUAAUUAUUAUUCUGAUUUUAUUCUCUAUUAGUUGCUUGUAUAUGUAACAUGGUUUUAUAAUGUGCUUAAUAAAAGACUAAAAUCAUCCAAAUUGGACCCUUUAGUAGUAGGGGUUACCAUUUGGGGGUUAGGCACUGCUUCAA